AUGGAAUGGGUAUUUGGGAUAAAAAGGAUUAAGUUAAGUAAUUUUAGAAUGAAAGAUGUUUAAAAAUCAAUAUAAAUCAUUCAAAAUCUUGAAGAAAUUAAAUAAAAAUACAAAUUCUUCAAUUUCAGAAAUAAUCAAUAAGGUAAUACUUAAUAUUCUAUGUUCUCUGAAAAUCAUAUUAACGAGUUUAAUGAAAACAUGAUAUAUUAAAUGACUAAAUUAAAGAAUUGGCGGAAAUAUUAAGUUAGACUGAUACAUUUCAAGCUUUAGUUGCAAAGUAAUUCAAUAUACAGACAGAAGAUCUAAAUUAACUUGAAAUGA